CGAGCCGCCGCGGACGGCCCCGGUGAGGUUCCUGGAGGCUCAUGGCGGCCUCCAGGGCGCUCAAUACUUUCCGUCUCCCGCCGCUGCCCACGAUUGGAGAGAUCAUUAAGUUGUUCAGACUGCAAGCGGCGAAGCAGCUCUCCCAGAAUUUUCUCCUGGACUUGAGGCUGACAGGUGGAUGCCUUACCAUGCCCCGGGCUCGCUGCCCCGCGUCCCUGGGGGCUCGGGUCGCGGGCCUCGCGUGCGUCUUGCGGGCGGGCAGGUGCCCAGGGUCAGGCACAGGUGCCCGCGGCCCUCACCCAGAUAAAAUUGUGAGGAAAGCUGGCAAUCUGACAAAUGCGUAUGUGUACGAAGUGGGCCCUGGGCCAGGGGGAAUCACCAGAUCCAUCCUCAAUGCCAAUGUUGCUGAACUUCUGGUGGUUGAAAAGGACAGUCGCUUUAUUCCUGGACUACAGAUGCUUUCUGAUGCAGCACCUGGAAAACUGAGGAUAGUCCAUGGAGAUGUGUUGACAUUUAAGAUAGAAAAGGCUUUUCCAGAAAGUCUUAAAAGACAGUGGGAGGAUGAUCCUCCAAAUGUACAUAUUAUUGGAAAUCUGCCUUUUAAUGUUUCAACUCCGCUGAUAAUCAAGUGGCUUGAAAACGUGUCUCAGAGAGAUGGGCCUUUUGCUUACGGCAGAACCCAGAUGACACUGACUUUCCAAAAGGAAGUGGCAGAGAGACUUGCAGCCACUACGGGAAGCAGACAGCGCAGUCGCCUGUCUGUGAUGGCCCAGUACCUCUGCCACGUGCAGCACGUCUUCACAAUCCCAGGCCGGGCUUUUGUUCCCAAGCCCGAGGGUGGCACUUCUUUCACUUCGGGUACGAGGUGCUCAAAACCGCAACAGUUAAGCUCCUCACCGGAACAAUUAAGCUUCUGUGCUUUGCUGUGAGAACGUGAGAUCCUUUCUAGUCGGGACCAAGAUCCUCCUGACCCAAAUGCAGCAGCCCGCUGCAGAACCGGUUCUCCUGACAGGUCCAAGGCAGGGACAUCGACUCGAAAAUACGAAACAAAUAACCACAUCACUGCUUGUCUGUGAAAGGGGCCCAAAUAUAACUUAGCACUUUAUUUUUUUUAAGAGGGAAAGUUAGCGCUUGCUUUGUGGCUUGGCUGGGUUUUAAUGGGCAGUGCUUAUUGCCUUCUUUGAGAAAUUUAAUGGUCUCUGAAGUACAGCAAUACUGGCUUUUUGUGUUUCUAAAUUAAAUUUGGAACAAUGUGUUCUAUCAUGACUCACAUAUAUUUGACAAAAGGCAGUAUGCAUGGGUCAGAUCUCGGCUUUCCAGACCUCUCGGUGCCUCAGGAUCCUCUUCUGGAAACUGGGAAGAUUAUAGCACCUACAUCAUGGGGUUAAAUACAUCAGUACAUUUUAAGGGCUUAGAACAUUACCCCCAUAGAAAGUCAUCAAUAAAUUAUAACUGUUAUUAGUAUUUUUGUUUAUUUUCUAUCAUAUGACAAAUAAAUGUCAUAUGAUAUUUAUUUUCUACCUUUUGGCAAUUUCCUUUUUCUCUUCCUUCCUUAGGCUGAUUUAACUCAUUGGCAUAGAAUCUUAGAGCUGAAAGAAACUGUAGAUCGAAUCUUGUAUUCCACCAUUUUUCAGGUUAGCCUAUUUAGAUGUUAAAUCACCCAGUGCCACACAGGUCUCAGCAGCAGAUCGUCAGUAUACAGAUCUUCCCUUCUCUUCCCACCUCACUCCAGCCUGGACCUUUCACGUUACCCUAGUACUUCUGGUGAAUUCUUCCCCUGGGUGCUUCCUGUGGGAAGCUGGGAAAAUGCUCCAUCUGAAGGCACAAAGCACCAUUAACUAUCAGCUUCACUCAUUCCCUUUCCCACCAAAAAUUAAAAAAAAAAAAAAAAAAUACUCCAGAGGGUAUCAGUUGGGCAAAUGGCUUAGCUUUGGAGACUCACCCAGGAGGUCGACAUCUGGCUUUUGUGCAGUGUCUGAUGGUUAAUACAGGCGUGUAUAAGUAAUCCUAAGGAUGCCUAUACAAGUAUGAACUUUUCUAUACUCUGACAUUGAUUCUCUAAGAAGUUAAAUCCUGGUCUAUCAGAAUCCCAUUGUUCUACUUUUGUUCAUAGUCUUAAAAUGUGAAAAUUAAAUUUUAGAGGAUUUCCCCGAGAUUUUGAAUUCUUAAGAAUCAGACUUACUAUAAGGGUCAGAUGCCUAGGCUUUGCCUGCCAUCACAGUUUCUCUCUUUACAUACUGAGACCAACAUAGAAUGAAAAGUUUCUAGAAAAAAAUGAACCCCAUGUUUAUAGUUUCAUAAUAGCUGCCUUCGGAUGUGGGCGUAGCACCUCAGCCAGCUCACUAAAUUACUCCCUUCCCAGAUCACUUUCAGCUUAGGAUUCUUUAGAGAGAGACUGCUGUUUGCAUUCCCUGAGAGCAGCUCAUUUCUGUCUUUAUUUUUACUCUGGUUGAGUAACCUUUAUGCAUUGAUCAGUCUGUGCUCAGCUUCCCAAUUAUAACUUUUUUUCUCAUUAGCCAAUACAUUUUAUGAAUUUCAGUGUAA